UUUUGUACGGUGUACAUUCUGAUCCAAGGAUCAGCUGGAGGCAGCAAUAAACAAGGAAAAUCUGCGGCAGGGCAACAUAGAGCAGAGGAAGGGAGAAAAAGAGCCGCAGAUGUUAUGAUAUAAAGACAUCCGUGUAAAUUUUUUACACGAAGCCCUUCUUCUGAGAAGAAAGCCUUUUAUUUUUGUAUAGUGGUGUUUUAACUACCUCAUGUAAAGGCUAUCUAAAGCUAUGCUUUAAGAGCUGUGUCUAAAGUGUCGUUUACAUCUUAAAUAAGACUUCAAAGGCAGGCCUUUGUUACAAACCAAGUGAAUCUUUUGCACUACGAAAGCCUCUCGAGUCCCCUUUUGUCAAUCAUACAAGACCAGACAAGAGGUUUAAAAAUAAAAGGAACUCACAAAAACCAAACAAAUACCUUCAGAAAACAUCCACUUACAGUAAAUUGUAACAAAAAAAAAGGCAGCUAAAACCAUUCAACUUUGGUGGAAGAAGAGGCACGUCUGCAGUAAACACUCAACAUCAGGAGAAGCAAUGUUUCAGCGUCUUAGCAACCUGUUGUUUGGGGAAGUAGAAGAGGUGGCAGCAGAGUUGAAGGGUCCCAACCCAUGUCUGACAGAGGCGGAUGAGGAGGGAUGGAUGCUUGUCAACCUGCCUGCAGUAGACUGCAGGAUGCAGGUGGAGGAUAAAACGGGGACUCUUUCUGAACACAAUGUCUCAUUAGAGCAUCCAAAUGCACAUACAAGGACAGAAUGCCGCCCGCCAAACAAGCGGCGUAGAACACAUAAAGUCCGGGGCUCGGCGGACCCUUCCAAUGUCCCGCCUGGCUUCAGCACAAAUUCAAUACACUUGGGUGCUGUCACACCUAUGAGCCUGCCCAGACAAGUCAGACUAUCCACCCCUUCCUCCACCCCAUCGAUGUCCCCAGAUCCUGGGAGUGAGUGUGGGGGGAAUGGGGGGAGAAGUAGGGAAGGCUCAGAGAGAGGCUGCAUGGAUGAGAGUUGGUUUGUCACCCCUCCCCCCUGUUUCACUGCAGAGGGAGCCACAGCGGAGGCCAGUCCCAUGGAAGAUCUGCUCAUAGAGCACCCCAGCAUGUCUGUGUACGUCUCACCAAACAACACGUCCAUGGUCUCCACUAGCGACCUGUCUGUGGUGGGGGAGGAAUGCAUUCUUAGCCUGGCCAGCAGCGUCAGCAGAGUCUCUGAACCAGGCGUCAUCCCAGCUGCCCGGAGCACCAUGCCCACCAGAGUGACCCGUGGAGGGGCUGCCCACCCUGGAGCUUUGGCCAAGGUCACCCAGGUGGCCAGGGUCCAGCGUUGCAAAGCCCGCAUCGAUAGACGACAUCUAAGUCGCAACCAUAUCCAGCGGCAGAAUCGCACAAGGGAGCAGGUUCCUUGCCACGCAGCCCACGCCAGAAAUACCUUUCUUCACCAGCCCAGCAAGCGCAACUUCUGCCACUAAAACAGCAACCAUGUUUAACCUGAGGGCAUUAGCUGUGCACUGUCAAUAAAAUACACACAAAAGGUUCAUCCACACUGGCACACUUGCCUUGAUUCCCUCGGUAUAUACUAAAAUCCUAUCUCUAAAAAAGCUGCAUAGUAUAUUAAAACACAAUCGGAAUUUUGUUUGUCGCAGGGAGUCUCAGAUCAGCUAAUAAUUUCAUCAACUUUACUUAUAUUCAGGCCCUCCCUAUUCCAAAAAGAAAGAAAUGAAAUCAUAUUCACAUAUUUUUUUGCUUUUUACUUUGACUAUUAGAAGGCAUUUGCUCCCUACAUCUUCAUGAUUUAAAAUAUAUACUACAUAUAUUACGUUUUAUGUUAAAGAUAUAAAGUUGAAACAGCAAAGUGAGUGUUUAGACUUAAGCCUAAGUAGUGUUUUGCAGUGAAUACAAUUUAAAAAAAGCUUUUGGCUCUUUGGAUAAAAUACAUUUUAUUCAGGCAAUUUGGAAGUUUACAGUAGUGAGAGAAAAACCACUGGGCAUUGAUUAUCCCCUCAUUUUGCACUUGAAAGAUGACAAGAUGUUAGAGAUAGAAUAUUCCUCUCUCAUCUGUCUUUAUCAGUGAUAAAAGCAAGUAGAAGAUGGUGUGAGAAUGUGCAAAAGUUUAAGCAAUGUCACAAUGAGUCAUGAUAACAAAAAAAAUUAGAGUGAACAAAAAGCAGGGUGUUUUUGAUGUCAAUGACUACAAGGAAAACCUUGGGUUGCAAGGUGUAGCAGGUUAAAGUAGGUGCAAAGUGGUAUUGAUUUCAACUCCUUGUUUUACCUUUUAGCUAUUAGUUUUGAUUGCAAAACCAGCUAUUAACAGCAAAGCUCCACAUAGCUACAAACUUUUUGUCACUCCUUGUCUGCAACAUUUAAAGUCAUCAUGUGAGUUGUUAAUGAUCACACAGCGUGGUUAGUUUCUAUCAUUUGUCAGUCAUGUUAAACCACAGAGUCUGAUGAUUCCUGACACCAUGUGAUUCCCAAACAAGUGUGAUGUAGUUACACAAUCUAAUUAGCGAACCAUCCUUAGAUGAAAUUGCUAGGAGAUAGACAUAUUUUUUCCCCUGAACAUCCCUCAUUCAUCACUUUCAAGUCACUGAUGGAUGUCUCAUAAAUAAAUGUGUCUCCUUGUUGUCAGCACAUUCAGCUUUAACAUCGUUUACUUUAAAGAUCUAUAUUACUGAUAUGUAUUCAACAAAAAAAAUAAUAGUAAUCAAUGGUGCUGAAGUGUAUAACCAAUGUUUUUAAAUUAACUGAGACAUGGAUGUAAGUUUGCACUGUUAUAUAUUUAGUGAUUUACACUUUUAGAGGUGUGGUGUGCUUGUUAAUUUACUUGUUUGCUUUUACUUUUGUGUUUUUGAUUUGAUCCUGAUUGUGUGUGUGCAAGAAUAAGUACUGUCACCAUAACUCUUAGAAACUCUUGUAAAAAAAAAACGUUGAUGUGGGUCAUUUAUUUCUCUUGUAAAUAUUGCAGAAGGAUGUGUGCUCUGGUAGAUGUCAAAGCCUCUCAGGACUAAAGUCCACAAUAUUGUGUCCAGUGAGACUGAGCAGAGUCUGCUCUCUGCCUAGGAUAGGUGCUUCUUUUUAAACCAGAAGGGCAGUUAAGUGGCCAAAAUUGUGUCUUUACCCCAACUUUUGUCUCAUCACCCUCUGAAGUAUCUUUGAAAAACAGCAUGACACUACGUGCCAUUGGCAAACUCCCCCCUCUAGUGGCUCCACCUAGCACAUCACUUAGUGAAAGAAUUCCAGUAAAGUUGUUCAGAUCCAUCUCUCCUGGUUUGUUUAAAGGACAAAUAUUUGUCUGUAUUUACUGCAGAUUUUAUUUUUCCCUAUCUAAUUAGAUAAAAUUAUUUUCUUUCCCUAAAAUUACCUUUUUCUAAUAUUAAGUUUUACCUAAAACAUUACCUAAAACAUAGCUUUUCACACGAUUCCAAAUAUCACCAGCUCUUUUUUUUUCGCUCGUUUUAAAGGUGACUGAUGGUCCCUGUCAAAUCCUCAAGUGUGAUGCAUGUGUCUAAGGUGACAAGGGUAGUCUCAUGUGCACAUACAUGUACGUAUAAUGAAUUCUGUUUGGUCUACUGCACUUUUCCUGGACUUUCCCUUUAAAUUGAAUGUGCCUGAAAUGUAGAGUUUUUGUUUGUGGGUGAAAGAAAGCAUGUACAAAGGGAGACCAGGGUCAUAACAAGAGGUUACAGGUGAAUGUGUGUGCACGCAAAUUCAUAAUAAUAAUAUAUCUCCUGCUGAAAACCUGUUCUGGCUUCUUUUUUCCCUUUUUUCUUUUCCUUUUGAAAAAAAAAACAAUUUUAUCCAUGUUUUGUUUUGUAAAGGAAGAACUUUAGAAGUAGGUGUCAUCUGAAGCUGUGAAAUUGGACUGAUCACCCAAUGUGUUGAGCCUCUGUGACAUGUCAGACAUAGAUGAGGACAGAAAGAGGCAGGAGACUAAUAGUUUUGAUGUAUAUGAAAAAUACAAAAAUGUAUAAAAAAACAAAUCAGUAGAAAUGCUUGUAUUUUCUCAUAUAGUUAUAAAAGAGUUGUUCAGCAUUUUAAACAAAAAAAAAGGCAAUGAAUGUUUGGGGAGUUUCUUGUUGUCAUGCCCUCAAUUGAUGGCAGCUUAAAAACAUCUGGGUUUUCACCCGUUUUACAUCUGAAUUACCCACCUCUCUUGCAAUAAAAAUGAAAUAUAUACAUGUGUAAAAUUUGGUGUACCUGAAAUCUGUAGAACUUGUGCCUUUCACUGUGUUUGCAUGUUUUUUGUGUUGCAUUUUUCCCUCCUAACAGCUGGAUGCCUAACCAUUGACAGUCAAGAUCUAUGCAAAGAUGGGGGUUUUCCAGCAACCACUCAAACGACAACAGUAUCUGCUCAUAAAACAGAGAAAAAAAUACAAUUACCAACACCGACAAUAAAUACUCAGGUUAACACCUGAA